UCAAAACAUAUGUUAAGAAACUAGAAGCUUCACAAUCUCAUCUGAGCGUCACACUUUUCCAUCAAAUUCCAACCAAAGAAAUCCUCAGAGAAAAUCCCCUUUUCCUUUCUCUCUCUCUGUCGCGGGCACACACACAUGAACUGAAUUUUGUGCUAAUCAAUGAAGAUUCAUAGGUCCUCUGAUCGUACAAGUUCUGGUGGCUGAAGUUGUGUAUUGGCAGUGUCUUCCAUUAUCUAGCAAUGGAUUUUUCAUUUUUCAGUAAUUUCCUGUGGUUCAAACCUCAUUCUGCAAAUGAUAUGGCAUCAACAGUUGUAUCUACUAGCACCCUAGUGAAAGCACCAAAACAAAAUGCUCCGUUUGAUGCUAAGUUUUGGAAAUGGACCGUGUUUUCAUUUGUUCCUUGGGCUAAAGAAGCUGAGGGUAAUAUGCAGAUGCCAACAACUGUCAACAAGAAACUGAAAAGGCGCAGGCCAUCUCAUGAAAGUGUAGACUCUCAAGCUCGGACGUCAACCAUACGCUUUAGACCAUAUGUUUCUAAAGUUCCAUGGCAUACAGGUCCAAGAGCCUUUCUUUCUCAAUUUUUCCCUCGAUAUGGUCAUUACUGUGGACCAAACUGGUCAAGUGGGAAAGAUGGAGGGUCACCAAUUUGGGACAGAAGACCCAUUGAUUGGUUGGAUUUUUGCUGCUAUUGUCACGACAUGGGCUAUGAUUCUCAUGAUCAGGCGGAACUUCUCAAGGCAGACCUUGCAUUCCUCGAGUGCUUGGAGAAGCCAAACAUGAGUACUCGAGGAGAUCCUCAUGUAGCUCUGCUUUACAAGACUAUGUGCAUAUCAGGCCUCAAGAACAUAUUGAUACCUUACAGACAACAACUUAUUACCUUACAAUCUAGGCAGUUAUCUUUUGGAUUUGGAUGGCUCGGCGGUAUCAUGGAACCUGCAAAAUGCUUGAAAGACCGUUUCAUAUGGUUACAUAAGUAGGCAUGUGAGCAAUCGCGCGCACCUAUUCAUUAUAGAAACAGAAGCAGCUGCAAUCUACAUUUUAGAAAGGUGAAGAUUGUGGUGCAGAACAAGACAUUUCUGGCAAGUCUAUACCAUAAUGUCUUAGAAAAGAUAGCUGUAUAUAUAACAUUGGAAAUUAAAGAAACUCAAGAACUUCAUUAUGAUAUAAUUAGUUGUGUAGCUACUCCACUGCUUGUACAUUAUUCUCAAUUAACUUUGCAUCUAGUGUAUAUAUUUGGUAUUUUCUA